AUGUCCGUCGAACAUGACUACGCUUUUGCGAAUGCGACGACGAAGAAGCCAACACCGAUACAAUCACAGACAGGCGAGCCGCGCACGAAUCGUGUCAUCGCGCAAAUGCCGGCUGAAAGAAGGAUCUACUGUGUUCCGAAGCCGGUGCAGCAGGUCGUCCCGCAAGGUCAGUCGCCUCAAACAUACUACGAGGUUCCGACGAGAAUUGCAACAACGAAUCGGCCUGUCAAUGGACAACCAACUCGGGUGCUGUUGCAGCAGGGAACUGCGCAGGUGAUUCGACCUGGCACACAGUAUACGGUUGUGAGCAGUGCAAAUCGACUUGUACAAGGCCAGCAACAUUCGGCGGUUCGUGCUCAGCCAGUUUUUCAAGGCGGCCAAGUUCAGCAAAUCUAUCGAAGAACUCCACAGGGCAACGUUGGCCAGCAAACCCAGGCGACCUAUAUUCAGGUCGCCAGGACAACCCCGUCUCAACAGCAAGGCGCGACGACGGCUGUGUACACGCAACAGCCGAUUCGGCAGUAUGUGCAGCCGAUGCAGCAGCAGCAGCAGGCGCAAGGCCAACGCGCGACGCACCAUCAACCGCAGCAGCAGGCGCAAUUUGCCGCCUUCAACAGCAUGAAUCUCGCGGUGCCGUUGCGCGAGCCGUCGCCGGAGCCGAUCGCGGCUCCGCCGCCUCAGCCGGAGCCCGAGGAGUCGGCGCAGUCGACGUCGAAUGAGGAGCCGAUGCCCGAUGAUAGCGAUAUUGACAUUCAGAUUCGCAACGUCGUUUGUAAUUAUACUCUACCGCUUCACAUCGAUCUUCGAAAAUUGGCGAUGAACACCAAUAAUGUGACGUAUGAGCGCGAAAAGGGGGUGAUGAUGAAACAGAAGAGAAAUCCCAAUUGCUAUAUCAAAGUGUAUAGUUCGGGCAAAGUGUAUAUUGUUGGAUGUCGAAGCGAGGUCGAUUGCAAGCGUGCGGCUCGUUCGAUCGCGCGUCACGUUCAACGCGUAAUGGGACGAACGAACGAGCGGGUGGCGAUUCGCAACUAUCGAGUGAACAACGUGCUCGCCACAUGUCGAAUGCCGUUCGGCAUCAAAAUUGAAGAAGUCGCCGCGAAAUAUCCAUCCGAGUCGACGUAUGAGCCCGAAUUGUCGGUUGGUCUUGUGUGGCGAUCGGUGAAACCGAAAGCGACACUUCGCAUUCAUACAACUGGAUCGAUUACGGUUACUGGAGCAAGCUCCGAAAACGACGUGCUCGAAGUGAUAUCGACAAUCUACCCAAUUGUUCUCAAAUAUCGGUGCUUUGAUCGCGCCAAAGAUUCGGCGGGAAACAAGCGUAAGCGAAAGGCGCCAGCCAAUAAGCCACCAGCGGCGAAGCGUGAGCGUCUCGAUCAGGCUAAUUUCGGAAGUUCUGGUGUUUAUAAUAAUAAGGUGUACUUUUCCGAUGAAGACGAAGAUUUGUACGAGGAUCUCGAUUUGGAUGAGUGA